AUGUCUCAAUCAAGCAUCGAAGGGCUGACCGCAGACAGCACCUCGACGCCUAUCCCGGCAACCGUUGGCCUCAGCUUUAAGCUUCUCACCGGUGCAAUCUUCGGUGCAAUCUUUGACGCAAUCAACUGGAGGGGCACAGUCGCGGCGCAGCACACCCCUCUCGCCCGCUCGCUCAACAUCGGCCUCCUUCCAGAUGCGGCAUCUGCUGUAUCCCAUAUCUCGCGAGAGCCCCAUCGAGGCACUCGUGGCCACGAGCUGAUGAACGCCUUCUCACCCUCAAAAUCUGGGUUCCGCGACCUGAUUGGCCAGGCAAGGCCAAGCGAGUCUGCCAAUGAGAGCGCGACAUGGCAGACGUCCAGCUUUCCCGCGUACCCUCCAUCGGCUUCCCGGGUCCUGCAGAUCAGCCAGCGGGCAACUGCUGGACGACCUGUGUUUAGAACCAGCCGCGUCUCCAUAUUUCCAGCCGCCGUCCCCAGUCCAGCACCAACACCGAUCGGUGGAGUUGCACUCUACGUCCGCCAAUCGCCGUGCAGGAGCUAA